AUGACGGCCAACAGCCGCUGCUCCGCCGCGGAGCCUCCGGGCCUGGAGACCCAACGGCGGGAGAUCGAGUCUCUGCUGCGGGAGUGUGAGCUCCGCGCUGGGGACACUUGGUACGUGGUGGAGCGCCGUUGGUAUGAACAGUGGAAGGAGUUUGUGGAGAACGGAGACCAGAACUCGUCGUCCUUCCCCGGUCAGAUUGACAACACUGAGCUGUUCGAGGAUCUGGACUCGUACCACCUGAAGGAGCGUCUGGUGGAGAACGAGGACUUCAUGUUGGUGCCGGCUGAGGCCUGGCACAAGCUGCUGGCCUGGUACGGCAUGGUGGAGGGCCAGCCGCCGCUAGAGCGCAAGGUGGUGGACCUGCCCAGCACGCUGAAGGUGGAGGUUUACCCCGUUGAGAUCUUCCUCUGUCUUCAUUGCAACAUGGAGAACGUCAUCACCGCACAGUUUAGCCGCACCGACAGCAUACAGUCGAUCCAGAGGGCGAUGUGCGACGCCUUCUCGGUGCCUCCGGGCUCAGAGUGUCGUCUGUGGAUGAAGAGUUCGGACAGCAGCUGCGAGCGUCUCAGGAACAUCCACGUGAGCGUGUUGGACGCCUGUUUGAGCUCAGGGAUGACGGUGAUUAUGGAGACGAGGAAUGCCGACGGCACCUGGCCGAGCUCCAGACCUCAGAUCAUGAGGAACUCUGUGGAGGAGCAGGACUCGUACCGAGGGCAGCCGGGAGUCUGCGGCCUCACCAACCUGGGCAACACCUGCUUCAUGAACUCUGCUCUACAGUGUCUGAGUAACACCCCCCCUCUGACCGAGUACUUCCUGCAGAGCUCCUACCUGGAGGAGCUGAACUUCACCAACCCUCUGGGUAUGAAGGGGGAGAUCGCCGAGGCCUACGCUGACGUCAUCAAACAGAUGUGGUCCGGGAGGCAUUACUCUGUGGUGCCGCGAGUCUUCAAGACGAAGGUGGGUCACUUUGCGUCUCAGUUUCUGGGUUACCAGCAACACGACAGUCAGGAGCUUCUGUCCUUCCUGCUGGACGGACUGCACGAAGACCUGAACCGCGUCAAAAACAAAGAGUACAUCGAGCUGCGGGACGCAGACGGACGACCAGACCAGGAAGUGGCAGAGGAGGCGUGGCGUAACCACCGGCGGCGGAACGACUCUGUGAUCGUCGACACGUUUCACGGCCUCUUCAAGUCCACGCUCGUCUGUCCGGAGUGCCGGAAGAUCUCUGUGACGUUCGACCCCUUCUGCUACCUGAGCGUCCCACUUCCUGUCAGCAAGGAGCGAAUCAUGGAGGUCUUCUUCGUCUCUCUGGACCCCUACGCCAAACCCGCACAGCAUCGUGUUGUGGUUCCUAAAGCAGGAAAAGUGUCCGACCUCUGCUCUGCUCUGUCUGAGAUGACCAACGUACCUCCCUCACAGAUGGUGGUAGCUGACGUGUUCAACCAUCGUUUCUAUAAGAUCUACAACGCUGAUGAAUCUCUGAGCUGCAUCCUGGACCGAGACGACAUCUUUGUGUACGAGCUGAGCGUGCUGGAGGAGCAGCAGGAGGAGCAGGUGCUGCUGGCGCUCUACCUGAGGGAGCGCUCUCACUACAGAGAUUACGGUUCGGGCAGCAGCUCGUACGGCACGACGCUGUUCGGACACCCGCUGCUGCUCAGCGUGCCGCGCAGCAGCUGCAGCCAGGAGGCGCUCUACAACCUGUUCCUGCAGAGGCUGGCGCGCUACGUGCGACCUCCGAACUCCUCGGAGGAGCUGGAGGAAGAGGAGGAAGACGAUGACGAAGAGGAGCUGUACAAGACUCAGACCAACGGCAUCAGUGACGAUGAGGAGCAGGAGGAUGGUGAGAAAGCCGGGCCUUCUCAGACAGAACCCUGCUGCGGCGAUACAUCUGCAGACAGCCAAUCAGGGGGCAACGCUGUAGCAGAGCCCCACCCCAAUCUCAACCACGCACAUCUGACACUGGACCACGGCGACCCGGAGACCGAGAACGGGUCCCAGAACCAGACCGAGUCCCUCUGCAGCACCAACGCUGAAACCUCCAACAGCACCGAUAAUCCCCGUAAAGACACCGGCGGGACCACCGACACCGGCGCACAACCACCAGCAGAGCGACCGCAGCAGCACUGCAAGACCACAGAAGAAGAAAAAGAAGAAGACAAGCAGGAGGAGGCGUGUUCCCCGAGCCUGCCAGCCAAUGAGCAGCCGGCGAAGAGGAGGGCACGUCGAAAGAGGAGGAAGAGUCUGUUCACCAUCCAGGCGGUCAACUCCAACGGGACGACUGAGAGAGGGACGGGAGAGGGAGGGAGCGCCGUGUCCUUCAGCUCUCAGCCUUACGUGGCCAUCGACUGGGACCCUGAAAUGAAGAAGAGAUUCUACAAUGAAAAUGAGGCCGAGAAGUACAUGAAACAUGCCAGCAUGGAGGUUCCUCAGCAGCAGACCACGGUUCAGCUGCAGGAGUGCAUCGAGCUGUUCACCACCGUGGAAACACUGGAGGAGGAGAACCCAUGGUACUGUCCGGUGUGUAAAAAGCACCAGCUGGCCACUAAGAAGCUGGACCUCUGGUCUCUGCCGGAGGUUCUCAUCAUCCACCUCAAGAGGUUCUCCUACACCAAGUUCACCAGAGAGAAACUCGACAGCAUCGUGGACUUCCCCCUCCGAGACCUGGACUUCUCCGGCUGCCUCCUAAAGAAAAGUCUGUCCAAUGGGGAGCCUCCGAGCCGUUAUGACCUCAUCGCUGUGUCAAAUCACUACGGAGGACUCAGAGACGGACAUUACACCAGCUACGCGUGCAACAAGGAUAACGGUCAGUGGUAUUACUUUGACGACAGCAAGGUGACCUACGCCCAAGAGGACCAGAUUGUGACCAACGCUGCCUACGUCUUGUUCUACCAUCGACAAGAUAAGAUCAGAAAACCCACCCUGCCCGCCCCCAACACAAGCCCCGCCAACGACAUCACUUCCUGCAAAGAGGACGACGACGACACAGAGCAGGGCGCCGCCUCCUACGCCACUAUGGAAACAGACUAAACGAACCCUCAAGAUUGAGUUUAAUUCUACUUCACGGUAAUUUGUCGUCUUCAUCAGAACAACGGGCCUUUUCUCCUUCUGUCAUUUAGUUUUAUUUUUGGGGAUUUUCUUUCAACAACACCUAAACUUUCUGAUUUAUUUUCCACCACAGCUACUAAAAACAACAAAAGCACAUCUGCAGGCUACGUCUUUAAUCUCCUCAGCUCUUAUUUGCUCAUCUGUUGAGUUUUGGGAUGAAACAUCAGUUCCUCUGUUUGGUAGAAAACUCGGGUAGUUUGAUGCAGCAGGCGCUCAGAUUUUAGACCGCUGAUUUGAUCUUUGAGCUGCUGCAGAGAGGAAACAUCUGCUCAGUGUUUGAUUAUGAAGCCUGGAGUGUGCCAACAGAACAAUUCCCAGACUUUUACAGCGUUUAACUAUAAUCAAUAAUUCAUUUAAAAAAACCUGUUUGUUGAUUUAUUACAUGUAAAUAAACUCAACCUGCCAGUUAAUCAUUUUAUAUCAUUAUUCUGUCUUUAAAUGAUAAAUUAAUGCCAAAACUAAAUUUUGAACGACUUAAAUUAGACUUUUCUCCACCAUUGAUUUGCUUUAACACUUACAGUUUCCCUUCAUUGAUUAACUUAAUUUAAAUACAGCACUCGUUAAGACACAGCAGCACUUAAAAUGAAGUUUAGGUCCGACAUAUCUGUUGUGUCGGCAGUAAUCCGGCCAAUCAGAGCUCUGGUUGCUGCUCUGUGGGUUGGAUUUCAUUUGUAGGCAGCACAUCUUGUAAAAAGGCCUUAAAUAAUAAUAAUAAUAAAUUAUUAAUUCAUCAUUUAAAGACAGAAUAGUGUGUUUAGUAUUUUUUUUUAUAAACUCCUGAGCUUUAUGAAUCUAAUUUAACUAAUUUUUAAUCCCGUUAACCACUGUAAAAGUUUAUUAACGAUAAUUGUUCAGGCGCACCAGGGUCCACGUGUUAAUUUAACAUUAAACCCGGCUACUUUCUCAUCAUUUGGCCGAGUCACUUUGAAUGUGCAAAUUCAAAAUCCAGCUGCAGUUCGCUUGUUAUAAAUGAACUUGAGCUUUCUGCAGACAAGAUAACGAACUGUUUCAUGUUUUUAAAUGAAAGCGGACUAGUUAUAGUUCAGUAACGCUUUAAAGUGGACCGAGGAGCAGGGGAUUAUGGGUAAUCAGGAGUAUGUAGCCGAGAAAUUAAUCUUUGUAUAUUUUGGUUGUUGUUCUAUUUAUUUUUUUUAAUGGAAUAAUUUCCGCUGUCACGUGACUACAGGAUUAUUAUUUUUUUGUUUCUUGAAUGGUUGAUGAUCGACGGGUGCAGGACAUUGAGAUGCUUAUUUUUCAUAUGUAUAGAUAAAUAAUUUUAUGACAAGUAACGCCGUUUAAUUUCUCUUAUUUUCUUCGGAGAGAUGGACGCAGGCGAAGUUUUCUCUUUGAGGUCAGAGCGAGCUCUUACUGAUUUUUAAACCGACUCUGUGUACAGUAUUUUUGUAUUGUAAGAAAUGUAUUAUUAUCACCACCGUUCCUCGUGGAGCAGGAGGGAAGGCUUGGGGCGAUUUUCUUUCUUUGGUCUUCCCUGUCAAAUAUCAGAUGAAAAUAUUUUAUUGUACUUUCAAUCUUUUGAUAUUAAUAAAAGGAUUAUUAUCACCACGAGA